CAUGGCAAUUUAGCGAUGACUGUCUUCCGCAUAUGCAAUGUCUGACACGGAAAAAAGUGAAACCUUUCUUUUUGAAUUUCAGGCUAAAUCAUCUUCAUAACAGUCACCAUUGUCUAUUUCUCACUGAGAAGAAAAGAGAUAUGUCCAAAAUACUCUUGCGUUUUGCUGAUUAGCAAGGAAAUUGUGGCAGACCUUUUCUUUUCUCCGGGUGAAACCUCUAACAAACAAACUCGUCCUCUACACAACUUUUAAAAUAAGAAAGAACAACUCGAGAACGACAGAGAAACCACACAGGGUAUAUUGCCGAUAAUUGAGACCUGUUUGUAAAAGAUCCAAAAGCGACCUAAUGGUAAAAACAAUUCGCAUUUCCCUCUAGAAAUGCACCAGUAAGCUUUGGAUCUUAUGGCUCACUUUACCAUUUCCGAAUCCAAUUUUUAAAUUGUUGACUUAGGUUACGCCGUUCGUUUGACGAGCAUUGGACAGAUGUCAUUUUCCGUUUCACUUCAAACAACAAACACUACACAACACACGCAACCUUAUGUAAAUUUUUAAUUAGAAAGCUGAUUGUCGAUCGGACAGUUCACCCUCAACGAAAACGUUUAAAAGAUAAAUAUUCAAAAAUAUAGUCUUAUCGAUUGGGUUUUUGACACCCGUAGUCUCUUUCAUAGGGAAAUCCAUUGAGGAAAUAAUGAUAGUAUUCUUAAAACAUGAAUGCAAAUUCUGUUAAUGAAAUGGUUUUGACUUGAGCGUUGGGAAGAUUGGUUUUCCUUAAUGGAUUUCCAGUAGGAAUAUUUUAUCCGGAAUUCAUUAUCUCACAGUUAUGCACAGCUUUUGUACGUGUAGAUGAGCUUCAAUUCAAAAACUCUUCACUGCUCGACUAGUUAUCGAAAAAUUGGACGUUUUUAGGUUUAACAUUUUGUGCAAAUAAUCCGAUCAGAAUUUGUAAAUAACAGAAUUUGGCAAAAGUGUUUACAUCACUGUUUCCACCCAUUUCAUCCUUCGAUAUGAUCCCUCUGGCUAGAAAUAAUUAUGAAAUUUGUCACUCGCAGCUGAGUUAAUGGAGUAUGUAUGAACAGUCCAAUUUAACCGCCAAAAUUGACCGUCACAUGAUGCGAAAAAGGUGGCAAAAAGGAUAUAAAAGUUAAUUCACCCCUUUCGUAUAAAGAUGCGUAUCUCAUGUGAUAAGUUUUGUUCCACAGCAAUAACAAAAGGACUAUUAUGUUCGCACAUUUUCGAUUGAACGCUGGUUACAGCGAGUUCAUAUUCAACCCACGCUCAUGGAAUAAGAACAAGAUAUUCUAUUAGACUGCCGACUGAAUUGAAAACCAAUCGGUCCGUUUACCAUGGUGAAGAAAUGAGUAAGCAACCACGCAAUACGAACUUAGAAUAUUGUUAGAGAAAAUUAUUAAAUUUUCCAUUUAUAUGUCCUCUUUUCUACGUCUUUUUUUUUUCAUUAAAAAUUUUUCAAUUUUCUUCCUCCGCAGGGGAUAAAUGAGAAUCCUGCAAUGAUCAGUUGGGUUCUGCUUUGUUUUACCGUGUUUUCUGUUUUCGGUAUUACUUCCAGUGUUGAAGUGACGAGGGGUCAGCAGUUGCCUGGUAACAUCACCCUCGGUGGUCUCUUUGUCGUUCACCAGACGACUGAUGAUGGCGCAUGCGGCGAACUUUACCCGCAAGGACUUGGUAAUGCAGAAGCAAUGAUUUUCGCUAUUGAGGAGAUAAACAGAAAUCAUAGCCUGCUUCCAACCAUAAAGCUGGGAUAUGACAUACGUGACUAUUGUGAAAGCCCUGAAAAGGCAAUGAGGCAAACGUACGAUUUUGUCCGGGGAAACGACGCCAGAUGUGCUUCUCCACAUGUAGAAAACAAGACCAUAGAGAAAACAAAGCCGAUUGCAGCAGUUAUUGGUCCAUCAGACUCAGGAAGUGCUGUUCUAGUUGGUAGCCUUUUGCAAGUGGGAGGAAUUCCCGUCAUCAGUCACUCAGCAACUAGCAAUGAGUUGAGCUCAAAGCAAUACCAUCAUUUUUUCCGCACUGCUUCCCCAGAUGGACAACAGGUGAGUGCUGUUGCUGACAUUCUACAGUAUUUUAACUGGAGCUAUGUAGCUGCCGUGGCAAUGGAUGAUUCAUAUGGUAAAAACGGCAUGAGAAGUCUGGAACUUGAGGCUGAAAAUAGGAGCACGUUUUGCCUUUCUUUUGCUGAAUUUAUUCCACGGAAGGAAUAUAAUACAACAAUAAAAAGAAUUGUAAGGAAGCUGAAGGACUUCCCAAACAUUGGCGUCGUAGUCCUUUGGGUUUUUGGCAGUUAUGGCCGUCAUUUUCUAGAGGAAGCAGCAAAACAGAAACUGUUUAAUCGCACCUGGAUUCUUAGUGACGGUUUAGCCACACAAGAUGAUUUGUUCAAGGGCCUAAAAACUGAAGACCAAGUAAUUCUUCAUGGGUCAUUCGGUAUUCAGCCUCCAUAUGUUGACAUGAACAGUAGCAAUUUCAGCAAUUUCCUGAUCAAAAGAUCGACGCCGUUAACCAAUUUUUCAUGGUGGAAGGAAUUUUGGCUGUCGGAGGACAACAAAGACUGUUUCAAAAUGAAGAAUCCAGAAAAGCAAUGCAAGGAAAUAGUCUUCCACAGAUUAUGCGAGACCUACACUCCCUAUGUGGUGGAUGCCGUAUAUGCUAUUGCCCACGCCCUUCACAGCAUGAAAAACUGCUCUGCAUCACAGUGUAAGAAUCUUGGAGAUCACAACAUUCCAAUGAAUACAAAGGAUCUCCAGAGAUAUCUUCGUUUUGUUAAGUUUUCAGGAUUAACUGGUGAGGUCAGCUUUGAUCAUUUGGGAGACCCUGUAUCAUCGUCAUACGAAAUUGUCCAUUUUCAGGUUACUAACAUAUCAAAUCCAGAAAAGCUGAUCAUUGGCUCGUGGUUAAAAAGCCGCAAGCCAAGACUUCACUUGAACCUUAGCAAGGUCAAGUGGAAUUCCAUGACUAACGGUUUUUUUCCGAAGUCAUUCUGCCAUGAGGAUUGCCCUGUAGGCACAAGUCGGUCAAUGACCACACCCUGUUGUUGGAAGUGCCUCAGAUGUCCAGAUGGAGCAAUUAGCGCACGAAUAAACGAGGAAAACUGCACCGAGUGCCCUCGAGGACAGUUACCCAAUGAAGAGAGGUCAAAAUGCUUGGAUCUUCCAGAAGUAAAAUUCAGAUGGUCAAGCGUCGCGUCAGUCCUUGUGAUUCUCUUCAGCACAAUUGGAUUUCUUUUCAUUGCCAGUUGCAGUUUCAUCUUUCAUAAACAUCGAAAGACUCCACUAGUCAAAGCAGCUAAUCGCGAGCUAAGUGCAAUCCUUAUGUUAACAAUCACGAUGUCAUUUUUAGCAUCGAUUUUAACUCUUGCAAAGCCAACAGACUUUGUGUGUGGUUUGAUUUACUGCUGGCGGGCUAUGGUCCUUGUUAUGUUCAUCUCCGUCCUGAUAAUCAAGACCAUGAAGAUUCUCAGCGCAUUUCACAUAAACGUUGUGGCGGAGAAGUUCAAAAAGUUCAUUUUAGUUACAAAAAAACAAACAGUAAUCGUUCUGGCGCUUCUUUUUCCACCCACUGCACUCUUUUUCUUAUGGAUUGCAUUGGAUUCACCGCAUCAAAGACGAAUCAUUCAGAUAAACGAAGGUACAUCUCUUUUUACGUGUUCCUUACAUCGGUCAACAGUUGGAAUGAGUUUUCAAAUCAUCAUCUCUCUAUAUACGUCCCUUCUUGCAGCGACUUGUACAUACUACGCUUUCAAAGCUAGAACACUUCCUGAAAACUUUAACGAAGCCAGAUAUAUUGGAUUUUCUAUGUACAUUUUACUCCUUUCCUCGGUGGCAUAUUUGCCGAUUGACAUCGGACUUUCAGGUAUCUACGCAACAAACUUGACAUGCGCAUUGAUACUUGUGGCUUCUUACGGACUAUUAACCUGCAUGUUUGGGCCGAAGAUCUACGCAAUUCUAAUCACGCCUGAGCAAAAUACACAUCAUGCUGUAAGUUCACAAGUGUCGCAUUAUUCGUUUGGACUUUUUCGAAAGGGCAAUACUGGCAUUGCACCUGCGAAGUCAGAUGCAACAUACAACCAACAAAACAUGCAACGGGAAUUUUCCUCGACAACUCAAGUAACUACCUAAAGAGGUAUUCUAAGAUCUUCAAUAUUGUCCGAAAAAAGUGUUCAAGGACUUGAAGGAUCACACUAAAUGAUAGAUAUGAUUUUCUAUAAAGUCAACAAUCAUUCACAAGGCGCGAAGUAUUUACCACAUUGUGCAACUAGAAAUAAUUUUAAGAAAACAUUUUGAGCCAUCUUAGUCUCGACAUGGGGAGACAAACCCAGAGGAGUUAGGCGGCGAUAUUUUUGGCUGUUUUCAUUUCUACUAAAAAAUUUAGUAAACUUAAAAAUAAAAUUGUUUGCUAGUACUUACAUACACCGACGAUGAGCAAUUUUGAAUUAAGUGUUGAAAUAAAUCCGGGAUUCCUUCA